AUGGAGACUGCCGGACCUCAUAUAGCAGGAACUCCAGGAAACCCAGGAAAACGACCAGGAAACCCAGGAGCUCCAGGAGCCCCAAAUGGAAACCCAAGGCCAACCACCAGUUCAGCCUUUGCGACGAGUAAACUCACUCCUCUCAUGCAGGCCUUGCCCUACCUGGACCACCAGGACAGCCAGGAGCCCCCGGACAGCCAGGAGACGCCGGAAGCAACGGAAACCCAGGAGGACCUAGGAUAUCCAGGAGGCCCAGGAGGACCGGGACCCAAAGGGACCCCUUUCAGGACCUUUCGUUUCCCCGGAAACCCCAGGAUACCCCUGGAGGACUCUUGGGUCAAAGCCUGGCCAGCCACAAUGUUCCUAUUCCCAACUCACCCACUCCAAUGGAGCACCUGGACCUCAGUUGAGGACCAAAAACCUGGACCCCAAAAGGACCACCUUCGGAUAGCGAUGGAAACAGCCAGGAUAUCCCGGAGGACCUCGGUAUAA